GGACUAUGCCGCCAACUAUGAUGGCGACUACGAAGACAAAUGCCGCCACUACUUCGCAUACCAAUUUCGAAAACGAUGUGUUGCACGCUGCCGACAGCUACGUUGACAGCGGCCAACUGGCAUUUGGCAGCGUCGACGCUUUGUCCUCGCGAUUUUGAGUAUUUGUGAAGGCGACGUCGGAGCUUCGCAUUCAGUUUGAAUUGUGUCCUCGUAAAGAAAGGAUAUUCGUUACAUUGUCGUUAAGUUGUUAUUAUAAUUUUGAGAAGAAGCAGAAUUUGAAUAAAAGUCUCACUUACCACAAAUAUAUAAAGAAAGACAGCAAGCAUAAAUAGCCAAAGCGCACCUAAAGCCAAAAAAAAAAAUAUAUACAAAUGAAAUAAACGAAAGAAAAGAAGCGGAGAAGAAAAAUCAAACGACGAAUCAAAUGUCCCCCCCUUUUUUGAGAAAAAUAUUAAAUUUAAUUGCAUUAAAUAAAUAAAAUAAAUAGCGCAAGCGAUAUUUAACACUACCAACGUGCAUAUAAAGUGAGUUUUGCUGGAACGCGAAAAGUAUCAAAAAAUCAAAAAUUUCCAGGAAGUAAAUAAACAAAAAAAGAAAAUUACAAAAACAAAAAAUUCAGUACAAUUAUUUGAAAAACUAUCUCAAAAAUAAGUGCAAGUUCGCGUAAAUGAAAGUGUUAAAAAGUUUAAAUUAAAUUGUUAGUGGCUACACAAAACAAAAAAAAAAAAAAAAAAAAAAAAAACGAAACAACAACAACAGAAAGGAAAAUUGAAUGGGAACUAUUAUUAUUGGUCUGUGAUAAGUAAAAGUCGAGUAAGAUUUUUAUAGCGAAAACAAAAACUUUAUUAAAACAGAAUAAUAAACUUCAAACUUUUAAACGAAAUCAACAUUUGAAGCGUGCGAAAUUUGCAUCGGUCCUAAAAACAUAGAACUCAUCCAUUUAGUUCGGUUUCAUACAAACAACAAACAUUCAAAAACUUAGCGAAAUAAUAGCCAAGUGUAAAUAGAGUCCAUUAUAACCAAAAAAUAUAAAUAAAAAAGGUCAGCAAAAUCAAGACUUUGCUAAACACCCGAGACACGCAAAAGCAAACAAAAAAAACAAACCAUAACUAACUGCCCAGAAUUGGCGUUCAGCGAAUUGUUAACAGCACCAGAUUACCUGCUGCGCUGCGAUAAUUGCGUGCAGCUGUGGUAAACAAGCGUUUCGUGUGUGACCAGUAAACUAAAACUUAACUACCGUUUAAUAAGCAAAUAAUUAACUAAUCGUUGAGUAAAAACGUUUGCUCAUCCACACAAUCACAACAAAGCGUUACAACCCCAAUAGCAACAGUAGCCACUGUCGCGCCAGUAAAAAUGUUGGCGAUGCCGACUCUCAUGAUGCCAGCCACUGCACAAAUGACGAUUAGUAGCCAACCGUUGUCGGUGGGUGCGCCGCAUGCCAAGCCCUAUGAAACCAAACUAUUGACAAUCCAUCAAUCGCAUAUGCAGCAGACGCAUCAUCAGAAUAAUGCUGUUGUCGCUGUCAGCAAGCAACAGCAGCAGCAGGCACAACAACAAGCUGCUGCCGCUCAGCAAAUGUCAGCCAAUCAACAGGCCGUUGUACAGCAGCAACAACAACAGCAACAGCAGCAGGCCGCACAAGUGGCACAUCAGCAACAACAAGCAGCUGUUGUGGCACAACAACAGCAACAACAAGCUGCUGCUGCUGCAGUAGCCCAACAUCAUCAGCAACAAGCCGCAGCCGCUGCUGCAGCAGCUGCUUGUGUUGCACAGCAACAGGCAUGUGUAGCAGUGCAACAACAACAACAGCAACAGCAAUAUCAGAUACAUUCGCAACAACAAUCGCCGCAGCAGGUGAUGAGUAGCAGCUCGCCAAAGCAAGGUAAGAGUAAGUCAAGAAGUGGGGUGAGUGUAGAAGGGGGUGAAAAUUUUACAAAAUUUACGCAAGGCAAUGCGAAAGGGUUGUACUAAUUCAGUGAGGUAUGGAAAAAAGUCAUAUAUAUAUCAUAUAUACAUACGUACAACUGUACAAUAUUUUUGAAAAAUAGUAAAUCAUAUGCAGUGGCCCCUCACUUCUUCCACUUGUAAAAGAAAGCAAUAUUAUUUAACAAAAUCUCAUUUGAAAUAAAUGUUCAUUCUAAUUGAAAGCGCGUAAAUAUUUGGAUUUUUGACAAAGAAACUUAUCUGUCUUUAGCAAGUCUCGCUUAUCGAUUGGUAAAUCGUGAAUUUUUGUAAAAAAAAUUAUUCCUUUUUCAUUUUUAUUAAAAAUAAAUUCUUACACUGCAGCUGCGAAUUGCUCAGAGUUCUAAGAUUGCACUGGAACUCUGCUCAUCGGAGUUGGCAGAUAGGAAAUAUUCACUCGACUUAAGUAGUUUUAUUAAAAAUUCAUAUACUACUGUGGGCAAAAAGUAAGGUGAAUUUAGUUGUAAAAUGAAAAAUCUUUAUUUAUUCUUGUAAAUCAAUUUCAUCCCCUUCAAAAUAAUCCCCACUUAUGCCAAAGAUUUUUCCAAUCCCCGAAACAUGCCAAAUAGUCCAUUUCCGGUAUAGCCAUCAGCACCUUCUUCGAUUCAGCUUUCAUCUCCUCAGUCGACUCGAAACGCGUUCCCCGGAGUGGUUUCUUGAGUUUUGGGAAUAGCCAGGAGUCACACGCGCCACAUCAGGAGAAUCAUUUUUGGCGAAAAGGUCACGAAGAACGAGUGCAGUGUGAGACGGUGCAUUAUCGUGGUGCAAAAACCAAGAGUUGUUGGCCCAUAAUUCUGGUCUUUUUAGAUGAAUUGCUUCACGUAAACGAAGCAUAACGCUCAAAUAAUAAUCCUUAUUAACAGUUUGGCCAGGUGGAAGGAAUUUAUAGUGCACCACACCACGAAAAUCGAAAAAACUGUCAUCAUGACCUUUAUUUUUGAACGACUUUGACGUGCUCUUUUCGGUCUGGCCUCGCCUUAAGCACUAUAUUCGCUUGAUUGGUCGGUUGUUUCAGGGUCGUAAGCAUAAAUCCAAGUCUCAUCUCCCGUAAUGAUGCAUUUGAGCUUGUCCUGAUAGUCUGAAAGCAUUGUUUCACACACAUCAACGCGACGACUUUUUUCCAAGAAAUUGAGAGUUUUCGGUACCAAACGAGAUUUGACUUUUCGUAGGCCCAAAUGGUCUUUCAAAAUGGUUUUCACAGAUCGUUCUGACAUUGCGAUCAUCUCAGUAAGGUAUUUAACAGUCAACCGAUGAUUUUUGAGCACUAACUCCUUCACUUUAUUGACGUGUUGGUCAUCUGUUGACGUCGAUGGUCGUCCGGAGCGCUCCAAGUCAUCAACACGUUCUCGACCCUCUUUCAAGUCUUUGUACCACUUAUAAACAUUUUUCUGCGACAUGGUCGAAUCACCAAAUGCCUUCUGCAACAUGCUAAACCAUCCGCAGCCGAAAUUUCAUUCCGCAAACAAAAUGUGAUGUCACUUCUCUGCUCAAUCAAAUCAGACAUUGUAAAAAUCGAAAAAUGCACUCUUGGUCGUUUGGUAAACACAAGCGUAAAUAUAUUACUGAUAAUGACAUUCACAUGAAAGU